UCCAGCAUUUGUCACAAUAUGCUAAUUGUUCGCUAUCUAAUCGCCUUGGUCUUCUCCAUUUUCAUGGUGGCCACAUCGCUGAAGAUCGAGGAGCGCUACCGGCGGUGCAAUGGCUACAAGAUAUCCACCCCGGAUCGGUUGGUCAUCAAAAUGGAACGGCGUGGUGUGAAGUGCCAGUCCAAAAACCUUGAGAAGAGGCGAUUACAAAUCUAAACUGCAGAAAUGGAAUACUUUCGGGACCCUAGUUUCGAAAAUCAGUGAUCAAGAAUGUCAAAUUCUAUUCCGAGUCAGCUCGAUGGAAAAAGAAAGGAUACUGCCUCAGAGGCAACAUUGAACUUUAAGCUUAACCCAAAUUAAAAAUCAGAAUUGUUUUAAAUAUUAUAAAUGUGAUUAGAGUUAACCGAGAUUCGCUUGUCAUUUCACUUUACCUGCUAAGCAAAAAUUUACAAAGAAUUUUAAAAAAUAUAUAUCACUUUUAAAAAUAAAAGUCGGCGGAAAUAUAUAUUAGUUAAAUAUGUAUCAUAAAUUAUUAAAUAAAA